GAACUCUUCAUACUGUGUCAAGUCCUAGCAUAUAUCAUAAAACCCAAACAGGCUUGGACGAAGUCAUAUCAGGUGCUUGGUGGGGUCUGAGGUGAAGCCUUCCAACUCUGACCUCACUUCACUUCACAACGACCUCAAGCCCACAAGCUUCCACAAUAGCACCUUUCCAACCAAAACUUACAAAAUAUUACAUCUCGAGAGUUUUGAUUCAGCAGAUCAGCAAUCCGUACGUCCAACAAAUCUAUAGCCCGAAAUACUCUAUGAUUGUCUUCGCAAGUACGAGCAGGCCUAGGCUACAGUACUUCGGAAGCUAGAAGGACGGUCCAAGCUGCGGUGUAUCUAUCUCGCGAGUUUAGAAAGCAACCCGUCUCGCGCCACAUAACCAAUAUCGCCAUUCUUUGCUUGACACAGUAGGCGACAGCCGCCGUACAUUUGGAUGUUUGUGCUGGACGCGCUUAGAUCAUCUAACCAUUAGCUGUCACGACGUCCCCACAUCUCAAUAGUUGCGGAAGACAGUAUAGCAGCAAAAAUGUCGUCCCCAGAUGACAAUGAAAGUACGGGCUCCUCACCCUUUCGAGCAGCGGCUCUCAUGGGUAGAGGAAUGACUACCAAGUCAAGCGGUGCUAGGCCCGCCACCAUGAGCUUGCGAGCUCAAGACAAUCCUCACAAGAACCGGAAGCGUCCAAAUCUCGUGGGUCCCCAAGAAAUCGUCAAGGUAACUGUCCAUACCGGUCCAGAGGGAGUUGUCGAUGACGACCAAACACACCACCAAACGUUCCCUUUACAUAAAGGUCACGUCUGCCACUACUCUCCCUUCUUCGACGCCGCAUUCAAUGGCAACUUCGCCGAAGGUGAAAGCCAGGAAGUCGAACUUCAUGAAGUCCCGCCCGCGAUCUUCGGAAUCUUCGCCAAUUGGCUCUACACUCAAGACAUCGUCACAGCAGACGGCGACGUCCCAACCAUCCACGCCCUCGUCCAUCUCUGGCUCCUCGCGGACCGGCUCCUCGUCCCAUCUCUUCAGAACCAAUCUAUCGAUCUCCUAGAGCAGAUUCGCCAAAAGAAAGGAAACGAUAGAUUACCUUCGGAGCUGUUCCCUAUCAUAUACAAGAACACGAACUCGGAAAGUGCGUUGAGGUUGUAUGUCGUUCGGGUGUGCUCGGCGCUGUAUUUGGCGCAGAUUAAGAAUGCGAAGAAUUAUCCGCAUCAGCUGCUGGUGGAUAUUAUUAAUGCUAUUCGGGAUAGGUCGACGGCAAGGGAUAGAUUGGCUGUAGUGGAGAUGGGGCCGUAUCAUGUGGAUGAGAAUGAGGGAGAGGGUGAGCGCGCAAAGAGGAGACGUACGCAGUGAUUGGGAUGGGAUCCUAGAUGCAAUAGAGUCGGGUUGUGUAGGGUCGGCGUUCGAAGGCUUUGAGCGAUGCGUUUUGGAGUUUGGGGACUGCUUCCAGGUCAGAUCAAGACCGGGCAGGGGAUUGAGGCUGGCGUAUAUAUUCUUAGACGCUUGAGUGAUUUAACGACUUUCACGACUUUCACAA